AUGGCCGCGACGCGGGUGCUGCUGCUCCUGUCCGGGCGUCCGGAGUCGGUGAGCUUCGCACAGAGUGUGUGUGGCCUCCUGGGCGCUGGGUCAGGGCUCGGGCCCUGGCCCACGUACUGCAGCCUGAAGCGAGGACAGCUCGUCCUCUCGGACAGGCCGUUCCCAGGCGCCUCGGCUAGGCUUCCGCUCCAGCGACCCGCUUUCUGCCCUUUUGCGGCCUUGGACCAGCAGCCCAAGGCCCCCGGGGCCCAGCUGCCCGCAGAUCGAGGCGUGGGCCUGGGCGUGGCCGUCAUUCUGCAGUCCAGUGACCAGAUGGUUUUGUUAACCCGAAGGACUCGCACCCUCAGCAUUUCCCCCAACCUCUGGGUACCCCCAGGUGGGCAUGUGGAACUCCACGAGGAGCUGCUGGACGGAGGGCUUCGAGAGCUUUGGGAGGAGACUGGACUACAGCUGCCCCAGGGCCAGUUCUCUUGGGUCCCUCUGGGGUUAUGGGAGUCUGCCUACCCUCCUAGACUGAGCUGGGGUUUCCCCAAAUACCAUCACAUUGUUCUGUAUCUACUUGUGAUCUCCCAGGAGUCACAACAGCAGCUGCAGGCCAAGAUCCAACCAAACCCAAGUGAGGUGAGCGCCUUUACGUGGCUGAGACCAGACAUAGCAGCUGCAGUGGCUGCCACAGAGGAUGGGACAGAGAUACCCACACUUCCCCCCCAGGACCUACCACCCUCUGUCCUUGCAGUGGAACUAGAGGAGGAUGGAAGAGCCCGACGACCUUUAGUCCUGCCCAUGUCCACACUGCUGCAGACGACCCCAUCCACAGCAGAGGACAAAGAGAGGGUCAGCACUGGAACCAAGUUUGCCCUCAGGCUCUGGCUGCAACAUCUGGGCAGGGUAACACCCCCAUCACGUGAAAGUGGAGCUUACAUGGACCCCAGACCAGCAAAAGAAGAACAGAACAUGGACCCUCUUCCCCCAAACCAGGGGUCUGGGAAAUGAAGUACAUAAUCCCUUCCCUAGUCCACCUCCAUGACACAGAACAUUCACAAUCUUUAUUAUGGGUGAGAACUUUGCUACAACUUUGGGAAUAAAAAGUAAAAUUACAACAUAGAUCCUAGGCCCUGGAGAAGCCUGAAAAAGGAGAUUGGGAAGGAGGGCACAAGGGUCCGCCCAUCUCCCCAGAAAGGUGCAGAAUGAGCCAGGCCUAACCACAGGGCCAUGGGCCUCUAGAAGCUUAGGUCCUGGCCCGCUGGCAUAAGAAACAUCGUGAAUUUAAAUAUAUAAAUAGAGAUAGAGCCAGGCAAUAGGCCAGGCCCUGCUCCCAAACCCCUGGGGAUCAUGGCUAAGGCCUUAUCUCCUCCUCAGUCAUACUGGAAGCAGGAGGCAAAGGAAGUCAUCUUUGGAGUAUUUUGGUUUUUCUUGUUUAUGUACAAAAAAUCCACAAUCCAAAAUAAAAGUUCUCUGUCCAUCUCUGAAA